AUGCUCUGCGCCGACGACGACGAUUCCGGCGCGCGGUGGAGGAUGCCUUUCCGACUGCGGCUCGAGAGCGCGCGCUCCAAGCUGCUGGGCAGCCGCCGGAGCUCGACGGCGUCCGUCGCGGCCAGCGACGCCGCAUCCUCGGCAGCCGUGGGCGCGGGCUCUGAAAAGGCGCGCAGCAUCGUCUCGCAGCCCUCGCCCCUCUCGUCGCCGCUGCCCCAGCCCCCCCGAACCCGCUCCUCGGGCACGCACAGCAUCCGGACCCCGCCGCCGCUCUCCGCGCUGAGCAAAGAGUCGCUGCCGUCGCCGCUGGAGCCGGAGAAACCGUCUCAGCUGCGCGCUGAUCAACACCAAUCGCGGGACCGGCCGUCUGAAACGAUCGCCGACCGGUCCGAGAGCUUAACCUCAAAGGAUCUGCGGCAGCAGGCCCAGCAACCACCUGCACCACCGCCGCUGCCCACCCUCGAGCUCGAGGAGCCCUCGCCCGUCCCCGACGAGCCGCCCAAGCAGCUGGGCCUCGAGCUGCCCACCGCCCUCUCCGUCCCCGACCUGCGCGACGAGUCCGACGAGGCCCUGCACCCGCUGCCCACGCCCGAGGCCCUGUCGCCCCGGCAGCAACGCCCGCUCGCCGUCCGCCGCCAGUCGCUGGUCCACAACUCGAAUGCCCGAGUCAUCAAGACCCUGCUCGACUCGCAGCGGACCCGCCCCUCGACCGCCAACAGCCUCCAGGAGGACUACUUCUCCAUCAACGCCGGCAUGCUUCACCGCAAGAUCUGGGUCAAGCGCCCGGGCGCCUCGCCCACGCUGGUCCAGAUCAGGGAAGACGACCUCGUCGACGACGUGCGCGACAUGAUUUUGAAGAAGUAUGCCAACUCCCUGGGCCGCAGCUACGACUCGCCCGACAUGGUCCUGCGCAUCGUCUCGCGCGACCCCGCUGCCCGCCCGCUCGAGAGGACACUUGGUCCCGAGGAGGAGAUGUGUCGCACCCUGGACGAAUACUAUCCCGGUGGCCAGACGGUCGAUGAGGCUCUGGUAAUUGAUGUGCCUCAACGGCGCACCCCAAAGCCCUCACCCCGUGGCCCCCUGCCGCCCCAUGUCGCCCAGUUCUACGGCGAGAGUCGCCCUGCUGAAACAGACGCCGACUACUUCCCGCCCAUGCCCGCUCUCGGCGCACCCUCUCCCGCGUCCUUGACUUCGUUGUCGCACGACAGUCGCCAAUCGCACUCUCAUCAAGACGUCCGGUCAAUUGCAGUCCUUACCACAGGUCACGUACCUCCGCUCCCUUCACCCGGCGCCACUCGUCAGCGUCCGUUACAUCGUCCGAGACCUCACCGGAACCUCACCUCCUCUCCGACCCAGGGCUCACAUCCAGUUUCUUCCACAUCGACGUCGCAACACCUUUCCCGGCCCAAUCGUGGGCGCCUCGACUCGGGCGCGUCGGAGACGAAACACCCCGCCGCGCCGGCCGCGCCCCCUCUACCCACACCCCCCGCGCCUGAAGUCGCACCUCCUCCACAAAAGACGUCGACACCACCGACACCAAGGAUCCAGUCACCUGAUCCUCGGAAGCCGAAGAGGAAGAAGAACAAGGAGACCGGGGAAACGCCGAGCUUGCCUUCGGGCCUGCUCGAUGGCUCCGUCCCUCCCAUCAAUGUUCUGAUUGUCGAGGAUAACAUCAUUAACCUGAAGCUGUUGGAAGCGUUCAUGAAACGUCUAAAGGUCCGUUGGCAGACGGCCAUGAACGGUAGAGAUGCUGUCGUCAAAUGGCGUGCAGGAGGAUUUCACUUGGUUCUCAUGGAUAUCCAACUUCCCAUCAUGAGCGGCUUGGAGGCAACAAAAGAGAUCAGGCGUCUUGAGAGAGUGAACAACAUUGGUGUUUUCAGCAACAGCAGCGCCAGCAGCACAGCGCCGAUACUGCCAAGGGAGAAGCCCGAAUCCAAUGGAGAGCCACAGGAGAAUGACAAGCUCGGCGAUGGCAUCAUCUUCAAGAGCCCGGUCAUCAUCGUUGCCCUCACUGCCAGUUCUCUUCAGAGCGACAGACACGAGGCCCUUGCCGCAGGUUGCAACGAUUUCUUGACCAAGCCCGUCAACUUUGUUUGGCUGGAGCGUAAAGUGAAAGAAUGGGGAUGCAUGCAGGCUCUCAUUGACUACGACGGCUGGCGGAAGUGGAAGACUUUUACGAGCGAACUGCCUGCUGAGUCCAAGGACAAACCUAAGACGGGCAAAAAGAAGACCAACCGCGCCUCCAUGUCCAAAGCCCCGGGUGCUCUUGCUGCGGCUGUUAUCACAAGUCCUGAACAACAAGCGCUAUCACAAGCUGUGCAAGCUCCCGCUACCGAUGCAGUCGUGGAUGGUGCCGUGGAGAUCGAGGCCAUUCCACCUGCACCUGAUAUGAAUAACACAAGCUGA